AUGUCCGAAUUCUUAGGAGCGAGAAUUUCACUGGUGUCAAGGAGUGAUAUCAGAUAUGUCGGGACCCUUCACGAGAUCAAUUCCGAAGCCUCGACUGUCGCACUCGAAAAUGUAUCAUCAUUUGGUACAGAAGGGCGAUUAAGCAAUCCAGCAGACGAGAUACCUCCCUCAGACAGCGUCUACGAGUACAUUGUGUUCCGCGGCAGCGACGUCAAGGAUUUGAGAGUUGAAGAACCACCAGCCCCAGCAGCCGACCCUCCGCAGGUCCCAAAUGAUCCAGCGAUUCUUGGUGGUACUCGACCGACUCCUCAGAAACAAGCUCCACAGGGUCCGAAUCGUCAAGCGCCGAACCCACAACAAGCUCCCCCUCCACAUAGCACUCAGCAACACGGCCCACCACAGGGACCGCAAGGUGCGGCUCCUUUUGGGCAGCAUCAGCAGUUCCCUCCACCAUACUAUCCUCCACCUCCAGCGGGCUGGGGUCGCACAGGUCCCGUAGGUUAUCCAGGUAUGCCGCCAUUUGGUGGACCACCUGGCUGGUAUCCUCCUCCUGGACAAGCCUUUCCGGGACAACCACCUAACUUUCCUCCAUAUGGAUAUCCUCCUGGACCACCUGGACCUGGACAGCAAUUUCCUCCAGGUCAAGGUCAGCCACCAAGACCAGCGCCAAUUGGCCCUGGGGCAAACAGACAGACCGCACCAAGUGCUCCAGUCCAAGCGAAUGAUAAGCAGCCUGAAGCGAAGAGUGCUGAUAAACCUGCUGAGAUGGCUGCUGCUGCAGUAAAGGCGCCGACACCACCAGUUGCUUCAAAGCCAUCACCUGCGGCUGUCCAGCCUACGGCAUCUCAAACAGCAACACCAAACACCUCGACUGCUCCCGCAGCGAAGCUUGCUCCCAAGAACAACAGCCGCAUCCAACCCGCUGUUCCCUUGAAGAGUCCGGCUCCGGCUUCUGCACCGCUGGCCAAUGUCGCCAACACUGCAGGCAAUGCUGACACUACCCUUAAGGAUGCAACAGCAGCAGCCACUGCCGCAGUGGCUGCGGCGAUGGCAAAACUCCCACCCGCUGCUGGACAAUCAAACGGUAAUGCCGUCGACAAUUUGACGAGAAAGGUCAAUGAAAUGAGAACGAACGAUACCGUUCGGGCUCCUCGUCAUCCUACGGGUGCCGGCGGGUUUAAUGGCAGAGCACGUGGUAACCGUGGCGGCGCUAGAGGAGGAGCCGCACCUAAGGUGGAGGUUCCCGCAACAGAUUUUGAUUUCGAGGAGUCCAACGCGAAAUUCAACAAACAAGAUCUAGUAAAAGAAGCCAUAGCUGGGGAGCCUUUAGGAGAUCUUUCAAGUGAGGCCGUAUCGCCAGAACCAGAGGUUCCAGUCGGGGGAUACAACAAGUCGACUUCGUUCUUUGACAACAUCUCUUCUGAAAGUAAGGACCGAGCAGAGGCAGGUAGUAACAAACCCGGUGGGCGAGAAUGGCGUGGCGAAGAACAAAAGAAGAAUGUUGAGACCUUUGGUCAGGGGAGCGUUGAUAAUGGCUACCGCGGUGGGUAUCGUGGUCGAGGCCGUGGGCGUGGCUAUAGAGGUCGAGGGUAUAGCACCGGGCAACCAGGCCGUGGCCGCGGCUCCUAUCGAGGCACUCGGGGAGAUGCACAAACGCUCGUCCAGUGA